UCUGCUAGCUCUAGGCUGAUUCUGACCUUCCCUGCAAGCCACUGCGGCUCGACAGCCCAAUCAGCAGCGGCAUAAAUAUGCUUCCUGCCAUAGCUUCCUAAUUCUCUUCUCUUAUCUACUUGUAGUACGUGUUCUUUGCCCUCCACCGCGGCCAGAGAAGGAGGAGCAUCGAUCCAUGGCGCGCUUCUUCGGCCGCCUGUGGGACAGAGCUCAAGGCAAGCUGGAUGUUGUAAGGAUAUGUGAGAAGGUGUUCGACGAACUGGCUGUCCUCAACGCCGAGAAGAACGCCAAGCUCCUGGACGUCAAAAAUCUCCACGUCGCCACCCUCAUGGUUUACAACUCCAUCAACAAGCAGCUGGUGGGGCCUCACAAGGACCCUCCAUGCAUGCAGGUCGUCAAGGGAAAAGCGGAGGGGUUCCGCGACAAGGGGAUAACGCAGCAGGAGUUCCGGGAGCUGAUCAUGGAGUGGGUGAGGAUGGACCUCCGCCUCGUCCUCGCCAACAAGGCCGCGGUGGCCGUCCUGGCGGCGCCGCUGCUCGCCGUCACGGCCAAGAACGCCGGCAGGCAGGUGCCGAGGAUGAGGGACGCGGUGGACAAGGUGCCCACGCCGCUGCUCUUCGUCGUCUUCUCCGCCGGGCUCAUGCUCCUGCAGGACAUCCGGGCAGGCAAGCAGUGAACACCUCAACCGGUCGCCGCGUUGCCUUUUCUGAUAUAUAGAUGAGCAAUGCGCGAUGCGGCGAUGUGUUUAAGAUGAAUGUGCACCUUUAUUGGAAAAUGUGUAUGCAUUUCAGGCACCUCGGUGUGAAAAUUUGUAGCCAAACAAAGUGGUAAAGGGCUGUACGUAUUGGCAUUCGAUCUUAAUAUGGUUAUUAUUUC